UGUCUGCACCGGGGAGGCAGGACACGGCUGCAGCAUGGCGGCGCGCUGGGCUGGCCGCGGCCUGUGGGGCAGGCGUCAGGGGCGGCGGUUCAUCUACACACCAGCUGUUUCUCGGCUGACAUCAGAGGAAGUGAUUCAGAUGCGUAACGAGCUCUUCAACAAAGAGAAAGAAAGACAGUUGUCUCUUUAUCCACGAAUUGAGAAAAUAGAAGUAAAAUACACUGGGAAAUCCCACCCUGGGAGUGUGUUUGUAAUGAACAAAGCUUUGUCUACUCCAUACAAUUGUGCCAUGCACUUAAGUGAAUGGCAUUGCAAGAGGUCUGUUCUAGCUCUUGUGGAUGGUGAAGCCUGGGAUAUGUACAGACCCUUGACCAAAUCUUGUGAAAUUCAGUUCCUUACUUUCAAAGAUGAAGACCCAGAAGAAGUAAACAAGGCCUACUGGCGUUCCUGUGCCAUGAUUAUGGCAUGCGUAUUAAAGCGGGCGUUCAAAGAUGAAUAUUCAGUCAAUCUGAUUAGAGCUCCAGAAGUGCCAGUGAUCUGUGGAGCUUUCUGUUAUGAUAUAAUUUUGGAUGAUAGACUGAAUGACUGGAAACCAACAAAUGACAACUUCCGUUCUCUUACAAGGGAUGCUGGAAAGCUGAUUCACAAAGACCUGCCAUUUGAAACGCUACACGUUGAAGCGAAAGUAGCACGCGAAAUGUUUCAGCAUAACAGAUACAAACUGGAGAUGAUUGAACGAAAAGCUUCGCAGAAUAUGGAAGGAAUUGUAGUGUUACAUAGAUUUGGUGACUUUGUAGAUGUCAGUGAAGGCCCUCAUAUUCCAAGGACAAGUUUCUGUUUCCAGUAUGAGAUAACAGCAGCCCAUAAUCUUCAGACUAACCAAUCUGAAUUGAUAAGGAGGUUCCAGGGUGUGUCCCUGCCAGUCCAUUUGAAGGCUUACUACAUCGUGUGGCAGAAACUGCUGGAAAGGUCAAAGAGGCUGGUAAGUUUCAUUAGUGGUGAAGUACAGUUUACCAAAUAUAAAGAUACACUUGAUAAGGGAGAAUUUGAAUUAUUAGGGAUGGCUAAUAUAUUCAAGAACACAUCGUUAGGAAUGGAAAUAUUCACAGCUGAAUUAAAAUCUGAUGCACAAGAAAUCUAACUGCCGAACUGCUAUGUAGUAGGUUUGAAAGGACACAUGCAGACACGUUUCUUACAAGUAAAUGCAGGGAUAAAAUCUGACAUCACUGGGUGAACCUGGGUGGGAGUACUGGAGAUAAAAGGGAAUGCUGUUUCAGUAAACUGCAUAAAUGCACCAGUUUUAGUUUUGUUUGGUUUUUUUUUUCCUGUUUAAAACCUACAUUGAAAAUAAGUUUCUUACUAACAUUCUUCUGUUAAACAACCAGUGUUUCAAAGUUGAAAUGUGCUUAUCCAAGAAAAGCUUUACAGUGUCUAAGUAAAUGCUGAAGAGCAAGAUUUUAAGAUAAGUGGAAUGAUAAAAUAUCAUCAGCUGCAUAUAAUCAGAGGCUUGCUGGCAAAUCAUGCUCAGACAUUGGAAAACUUCAUAAGAAUUAAACAGCAGAUGUUUUGGAGCCUUCAGAUCAAAUAUUUUACUGAUUUGUGUGGUAAGAGAGAAGCGCUGCAUGUCUCCUGGAACUUACUAGCCAAGGAUGUGUUCAGAGCCUAGCCCAUCAUAUUUUCCCAUAAAAUGAAUUUGAAUACAUGUGUCAUUCAGGUUGUUUUAUUUUGGAGGCAGUAAUUGUCUUUGUAGGCUGUCCUUGUUAAGGUGACAGUACAAGGGGGGGGAUUUCCAGGGUCAAGGAGAAUGAAAUAAUUAAAAAAAUAUAA